AUGUCAAGAGAAGACGAAGAAAAAACGGCGUUUCACACUGACAUAGGCAUCUUCUGCUAUACCAAAAUGCCUUUUGGUCUACGGAAUGCCGGAGCCACUUACCAGCGUCUCAUGGACAAGGCUUUCAAAAAACAAAUCGGCAGAAACUUGGAAGUUUAUGUCGACGACUUAGUGAUCAAGAGCAGAGAGGAAAAGCAAAUGCUCGAAGACAUCGAAGAAACCUUCCAAAACCUAAGAGAGUACAACAUCAAGCUCAACCCCAAGAAAUGUUCAUUCGGGGUAGAAGAAGGCAAGUUUUUGGGGGUGGUGGUUACCCGGGAUGGUUUUAAAGCUAACCCGGAAAGAUUCCUGGCGAGACACGCUGAGAGAUCUCUGCCAUUCAUAAAGACGCUGAAAGAUUGCCUUAACAAGAAAAAUUUCAAGUGGACCAAUGAAGCAGAAGAGGCUUUACAAGACAUGAAGCGGUUCAUUGAAAAACUACCCAUGUUAACAGCGCCAUACCUAGAGGAACUCUUAAAAAUGUACCUGGCGGCAGCCCACAACGCUCAAAUUUUGCACAAGCCAGAAAUCUCAGGAAGAUUGGCCAAAUGGGCGAUUGAGUUGGGAGCCCUAGAUAUUGAAUAUCAAAAGCGAACAGUAGUUAAGGGACAAGUGAUCGCCGAUUUCUUGGCUGAGAUUCCUGAAGAAGAAGUAAUACAAGACCCCGCGGUCCAAGAUGUACCAGAGUCCAGCAUAGCCAGACAAACCUGUAAGCUAUAUACCGACGAAUCUUCUAGUGGAAAAGGAUCCGGCGCGGGCCGCAUGUUGAUAAGCCCAGAUGAAAUAAGGCUAAUGUACGCCAUGCGAUUUAACUUUGAGUGUUCCAACAAUGAAGUAGAAUAUGAAGCGCUACUCGCGGGCUUGAGAAUGGCCCAAUCUAUGGGAGCAACAAAGGUCGAUGCAUACGUUGACUCUCUGCUAGUCAAUAACCAGGUGAACGAAACCUAUGAAGCCAAGGAUGAAACGAUGGCAAAAUAUUUGGCUAAGACCAAGGAGCUCAUAGCUUCCUUUAACUGCGUCACACUUAAUCACGUCCAUCGGGGAAAAAACCAAAUAGCUGAUGCCCUGAGCAAGCUCGCCACCUCGGGUAUGGAAAAGGAAGUAAAGGUAGAAAUAUUACAAGCGCCUUCUAUAGAACCCCGGGAAGUGUCCGCCGUCACAGCAGAAGAACCCUGCUGGUACACUCCAAUCCUAAAGUUACUCACAAUGGGGGAAUUACCCCCUGCCCGAGGUGAAGCUCACAAGAUACAAACCAAGGCGUUGCAAUACGAAGUAAACAACGGCAUCCUAUACAGGAAGUCGUACUUGGGACCACUACUGCGGUGUGUGUCCCCAGCGGAAGCAAAAUACCUAAUGCAAGAAAUACACGCUGGCAUAUGCGGCAUUCACGCCGGACCUCGGACAGUUAUCGCCAAAAUCCACAACGCCGGGUACUAUUGGCCCAAGAUGCAUGAAGACGCGGUAGACGAACUCAGAAAGUGCCGCAGUUGUCAAAAAUUUGCUCCUCAAACGCCGGGUACAAUUUAA